AUGGCAGCACUACCGCCUGGCCUGAAGAACUGGCAUUGGAGGACGAAGGGCUGUGAGCCCUGGGCCAAGGAGUGGUUCGCAGAGAAGCUGACGGGUAUUGAGGCGAACGGCGUGUCCAUCACGGAGGUUCAGGAUCGGAUCACGAUGAAGUGGAAGGCGACGACGAAGGACGGUGAGGACGUCGAGGGUACUCUCGUUGCGCCCGAGGUUGCGCAUGACAUGGAGGAGGACGAGUACCGCUUCGAGGCGUCACUCUCGUCGGGCUCUGGAUCGGAGGCCGACGCUUUCCUCCAGACGGCACGAAAGGCGCUUGCCAACAAGCUUCGACCACUCUUCCAGCAGUUCCCGAAGGACAUGAUUGCCACCCACGGCAAGGACCUCCUCGACGACGCCAACGCUUCCCCUUCCGGCUCAGGCGCCUCGACCCCGGCAACUUCGUCUACUCCCGCCCCUCCUUCCGCUCCCUCCGUCUCCUCCGCCUCUUCCACGGCCAAAACUCCUACCGCUAAGGGUCUUUCCCUCAACACGUCGACUGUCCGCGUGUCGGGCGAGUUCCAGUGCGACGCCGAGACCCUCUUCGACUUCCUCACCAACCCUCAAAAGAUUCCCGCCUGGUCGCGUAACCCGGCUCAGAUGGCGCCGGAGGUCGGCGCCGAGGUCAGCCUCUUCGGCGGCAACGUGGUCGGGAAGGUCGAGAAGGUCGACCGGCCCAAGUCAUUUGUCUCGACUUGGCGAGCACCGACCUGGCCUGAGGGACACUUUGGUCAGCUCGAGACGUUGCUCGACCAGGGCAGCUCGAGCACGACCUUGACUCUCGUCCUGCGAGGCUGCCCGAUCGGCAAGGAGGACGAGACCGAGUCGAACCUCCAUGCGUUCUACAUCCGCGGCUUGCAAUCCAUCGGGUUAGGCUUGCUUUCCUUCUCUACCUCCUCCUCCACCGCAUCCUCUUCUUCCGCGACCUCCUCGACCGCUCGGGCCCAGCGAAGACGACCACAAACCGCUCGCGUGAACCGGUGGACGCUCGCCAAUGUCGGCUCGUUCGCCGUGUCGUUCGGCUUGAUUGCGGCGAUGGGCGUCGCUUUCUACUACGGUCCGAGCGGUCCCGGUGGGAAGAAGUAG